UAGCUAUGGCAACGGCGGCUGCGGCGUAGAGCGGCCAGCGGCGGCUCCGUUUAAGUUCGGCGAAGGGGCGGCAUUGAGGUGGAUCGCGGCCGCUCGCUCCUUUCACCUUCGGUGGCGGGACGGGAGCGGGUGACCGCGUGAAGACACACAGAGCACUAUGUCACUGGCAUCCUGGUUCAGGUGGAAUGAGCCCCCACACCGCAUUUCCCAGAGGAGCCCCACAGAAAUGGUGGUUGAAACACUCAUGAUGGAGCUGAACUGGCAAACCAAGCAGGCAGAGAAGCAACAGAGAGAGCGAGAGAACGAGUACCGCAAAAUCAAGACCGGGGUGGACUACGGCUGGUUGGUCAGCUACCCAAAGCAGAGCUAUGAUAUCAGCCCAGGAGAAAGGCUGCAGCUGGAGGAUAUGUGCACCAAGAUACAUCCUUCCUACUGUGGGCCUGUCAUACUCAGAUUCCGGCAACUCAUCGCCGAGUACGAACCAGAAGCGCAAGAAGUGUCGCGGCUCUUCCGCUCCGUCCUGCAGGAAGCUGCCGACAAGAUCAAAGAGGAGGAAGACGCCAAGAAGCUUGCCAGGCAAUGGAACACAAAGAACAAAUCCAGCCUCUCCUUAACAACAUUUAAAUCUCGGUCCAGGAUCUCCCCAUUCAUCAGUGACAUCAAGACGAUCUCCGAGGAUGUGGAGCGGGGCACCCAACCCGCCAGGAGGGUUUGGAGCAUGCCAGAGUUUAAACACGCCAAGGAUUACUGACUCUGUAUGGAAUGAGGCUUUCAGACAGUGGUGUUUCAAAAUCCUAGUUAACUCUUCUUUCAGCUCUACUCUUUCUUUGUUCCAGGUCUCUCUUCCUGCUUGUCUCUCUUUCAGAUGUGUCUGAUGCCCAGGGUGUGAGACACAACUUAUUACCAGGUGUGUUAGCCCUCUUUUAU